UACUAGAUGAACGAAAAACACAUAUCCAAUAGUAGAACUCUCCUUAGCAAAUCUAGCCCUUAUAUUUUAGUUAAUUCCAAAAUGAAUAAUCUUGUAGUUUUCUUCACUUUUUCGCUCUUAGUGUCUCUCUCUCGUGCUAUAGAAGUUGACUUUUGUGUAGCUGACCCUAGUCUUCCAAGGGGACCAGAAGGGUAUGCUUGUAGGGAUCCUGCUACUCUUACAGCAGAUGAUUUUGUUUACACCGGUUUUCGUGGUGACCGAACAAUCACAAACGUACCUAGAAAUAAUGUAACUCUAGCCUUUGUGGAUGCAUUUCCAGCUUUAAAUGGCUUAGGUAUUUCUAUGGCAAGGUUAGACUUUGGUGUCGGUGGAGUUAUACCAGUACACUCACACCGAACAUCAGAGGUUAUUAUUGUAGCAAGAGGGUCAAUAAUUGCCGGAUUUAUUGACGCAAACAAUACUGCAUACUAUAGAAGACUUGAAGUUGGAGACGUUAUGAUUUUUCCACAAGCCAUGCUGCAUUUUCAAGUUAAUGUUGGUGCAACCCCCGCCACUGCCUUUGUUAGUUUGAAUGGCGCAAACCCAGCAAUUCAGUUCUCUAUGAACGCUUUAUUUGCUGGUAACUUACCCGCUGAUAUAGCUCAACAAAUUACUCUUUUAAGUAAUGAGGAGGUAAUGAGAAUGAAGAGGGCAUUCGGCACCGCUUAAUAUACUAUUUAAGUUAUAAUAUUAUUUCACAUCAAUUAUUUGCUUUAUUAGUGUGCUCAAUAAAUACACCAGAUCGUAUGUAGAUGCGCUUGUUUUGGUUAUGUCAUAUAUGUCGCUUUACUUUUAGGGUAAAAAGUUUACUUUGUUGUACAUUCAGCAAUAAAUAAAAUCAUGCAUAUUGCAUAGUCUUUAUUUCAAUAAGCAUCGUGGUUAAAAUCUCUAUCAUCGCACUUAGUCAUAGCCUUGGUGGUAGAGAAGAUUUAUAAUAAUUUGUUUUUUGUUUUGUUCAAA